AAUCACGACAGAAUCAACAGUGUAGGAUGUCAGGAAAGGUCGCCUGCUGAGGUCUGCAAAAAAUGGAGGGACAUAUCGUCCCAGACGAAGAAAAAAGAGGCGGAGUUCCGUCGAGAGAGGACCAAGACGGGAGGCGGUCCAGCCCCCUCACCAGUCAACACCAGCGAUAUCAGCCAAAAGGUCGUGGCUAUAAUAGGAAAGACUUCCGUUGAAGGUAUUACGGGUGGGGUAGAUACAGACAUUGAUAUCUCAGAAGUGGAUUUAUUCAAAGUUGAGGACGUUUGGCUCUCCACACCUACCUCCUCAAUUAAUUCGGAAAAGGCCGCAGUCCCCACCCCCACAUUAUCACAGUCACCGGGACCAUCCAUGGCUUCUCAGGAGAAGGAAGAAACACAGACUGCAGGGUUGGAAGCAGAAGAUGUCGCUAAGGCACCGGGGAAAAAUAAACUUAAGAGGAAGAGAACUCUGGACGAUGUCUAUGAGCUGCAGUGCAAAGUUCUUGAACAGGAACUUCAAAAAAAAAACAAAUUGCAAAUUGAGCUGCUGACAAAAUUAAAUGGACGUGUUGGAAACGGAAAGGAUGGAAAAGGACAUGAUUUGUUGUUAGAGCUGUUUGCGUCACUAACAAAUAAUUGA